UCGACGGAUGGGUGGUGCUUGGUACUGUCUUCAUAGUCUACUCUUAUCGCUGAAUUGAGCGGUUAGAAAAACACUGAUAACUUGUAAUUUGUUUGCGAAUGAACUCCAACGAAAUGUUCUCUUUUCGAAGUAAAUUUUGGUGAAGUGGCCUCUUUUUACUGCAAAUUCGAAUACAUUUCAUCCUGAGGCAUCAAUAACAUCUCCAAAAUGAAUUACAAAAAAACUUCCUUAUUGAUUUUACUUGCGUUGCUUCAACAUUACACUUGUGACGACGAUAUUCACAUCGAAAAAGACUUUAUUAUUGUAAAAGGUGUAAAUUCUUCGUUUCAACAACUUGUGGAUAUAUCAUCUUUAAAUAAAUCAGAUUUAUCGGUGUGCUCGUCUCAGAAUUCGUAUUACUGCGUCAAAUGGGAUGGCUACGCUCAAUUCAACGUCUCUAAGCAAGAUAUAUGUAAAAAUUUCGAAUAUAAGACGACUUCAACUGACAGUCUGAAAGUAAGCUUCGACUUGAAAAAUACACACGUUUACGGUGGAGCUGAAAAGAGAACUCAGUCAUGGCCCAUAGAAUCAUCGACCUACUCUGCUUUUCCCUUCGUUUCGAGUAAAGUCGAAGAUCAAGCAGUUUUAGAACCAUUUUGGUUGUUUUCCGAUGGCAGUUAUCUGUUUAUCGAUAAACAAACUCCGUUAUUCAUCUCGAUCAACAAAAGUGCAAAUACAUUCACAAUUAUAGCGGAGAACAAAGAUCCGUAUUUCAAGAAAAAUCAAACCGUGCUGAAGUACAGAAUAUGUAAACUACCUGAUAUGAAAGCGGCUUAUUUACACGCUGUAAAUAACGUUAUCCAAAGACCGCACGUUAUACUCGAUGUGGACACUAUACGUAAACCAAUCUGGUCAACGUGGGCUGCGUACAAAACUAACAUAUCUGAAAUAGUAGUAAAAAAUUUCGUUGACGAAAUUUUGAAACGCGAUUUUCCCAUAAGUCACGUAGAAAUAGACGAUAAAUGGGAAACCUGUUAUGGUAGUUUGACCGUAAACAAGACUCGGUUCCCAGACUUGAAGAAGUUCACAGCGGAUUUGAAAAAACGAAAAGUCAAAACCACCAUUUGGGUUCAUCCAUUUAUCAACGUUGAUUGUCAACCGUUCCACGACGAUGCCAAAAAGAACGAUUAUUUUGUAAAAAACGACGCGGGCACUACUGUAAAAUGGUGGAACGGCAAAGGUGGUUAUAUAGAUUUUACUAAUCCGGACGCCUAUGAAUGGUUUAGAAAACGACUCGAAACUUUGAAGAAUUCUACCGGUAUAGAUGCUUUUAAAUUCGACGCCGGUGAAAGUGAUUGGGCUCCUGACAGUCCAGUGUUUAAAACCCCCGAUAGCGAUUAUCCAGAUUCGUCGUUGAAAAAUUACAUCAAAUUAGCAUCUAGUUUCGGGAACAUGGUUGAAGUUCGAGUUGGUAAAGGUACUCAGCAGUAUCCGGUGUUUGUUCGGAUGAUGGAUCGUGACAGUACUUGGGAUCAAAGCGCCGGACUGUUGUCUUUGAUACCAACGUUACUUCAAAUGAAUAUUAUCGGAUAUCCGUUCGUCUUACCUGAUAUGAUCGGAGGUAAUGAGUACGAUAGCGAAGUUCCCGAUCAAGAAUUAUUCAUAAGAUGGUUACAAAUAAAUGUAUUCAUGCCAACGUUGCAGUUCUCUAUUCCUCCUUGGAAUUAUGGUAACAAAACUUGCGAAAUCGCCUUAAAAAUGCUUAAAAUACACAAUAGCUUUUCCAAUCUCAUACUGCAGUCGAUGAAACAAUUCGUCAAGAAAGGUAUUCCGGUCAAUCCUCCUUUAUGGUGGAUAGAUCCUAAUGAUAAUGUGACGUACACUAUCGAUUCAGAAUUCAUGUUGGGAGAAGAAGUUCUGGUAGCUCCUGUGCUUACCAAAGGAGCUAAAAGUCGAGACAUAUACCUACCAAAAGGAAUUUGGCAGGAUGGUAAUCAUAAAAAGGAAAAGAAAAUUAAUGGACCUAAGUGGCUGCGUAGUUAUAAAGCAGAUUUAGAUACGCUGCCAUAUUUUAUUAAAGUGAAUUCAGGAAAGCCUUAUAGAUAUGGUGGUUCAUUCGAUUACACCAUAGCUGUAUUGAUAUCUGGACUGGGAGUGAUUUUGCUCAGCGUUGUAGGUUUUUAUGUUUACCGCCGGUUUAAGACAACGGAGAGUGAGACCCUUCAUAGGCCGCUUGUAAACGAGCGUUGAUUAAUUGUAAGUUAUUGUUACCGAAGUCCAUGUGACAUAUCCUGCAAAAUAUUAUUGUAAAAUUAUUUUAUAUUAUCCGUUGAAUAUGGAUUGGAGAUGAUUUUUAGUCCAAAGUGUGAAAUAUUACUCUAUUUUAAACGUACCUAAUAUUAUUGAAAAGUGAUUCAUUUUAUACUUUUUUUUUUUUUUUUUUUUUUUGUUCGCAUAGUUUUUAUCUUUGCUGUGAUGAUUCGACUGAGUAUUUUUAUAUCUAUUACAUGUAUUAAAAUUUUUUCAUUAUAAAAUUUA